UCUCUGGCCCACCUGUCCAUGUGAGGUGGGACUGGAUCAUUCUUUCAGCAAACACUUACUGUGCUGAGCCCCUACGGUUUGCCAGGCUCCCUGCUGGGCGCAGGGGAUGCCCUGAGGAAUGCACUCACAGUUCAGUGCCCUGUGCGCUUAGCCAAAGUCCUGGGGCUUUAAGGGGUGAAGGUGUGGGGGAGAUACCUCCUGGACCAAAGGAGAGCUCGUCAGAUCCAGGCUGGCUUGCUUGCGGCCAGCACCCUGUCCUCUGUCCCACUGUGCUUUUGUGUGUUGCCCUCUUAGGAUCUAGGACCCCAGGCCAGUUUCUUGUAAUGUGUGCCAGUUCCCGGCAGGAUCCCGGGCACACGGGAGGGGAGGAGGCCCUCUGAACCCCAGCAGGCCUGGUCUAGCCUUUCAGACAGGUCCCGAUGUGAGUGACAGCUGGGAGCAGCCAGCUCUGGACCCCCUGCCGCCGUCCCCGCCCAGAGCCGACUCGGUUCCUUGGCAACAUCCCGAGGAAUCCAGCGCGCACUGGCUCCCUUCCUCUCCCCUCCCCCUGCCGCGGGGCCUGGAGGCGGAGGCAGCGGCAGCCCAGGCCCAUUAUAAGAAGCGACAGUGCUCGCUCGCUUAUGAGGGGACAGCACUGAGCUCGCACGCUGCAUCGCCCUGGACCCCGCGCGGACCCCUGGCCACCCUCCGCCAUGACUCCCCUGUCUCUCGCGUGGCUGCUCCACCUGGCUGUCCUCUGCCAGAUGAUCAACCUGCUGACCGGACAGCAUCGAGGGGUGAAUAAAUGCAGGAAUUCAUGCAAAAACACGACCUCGAAGAUCAUCCCCGUGGCUUUUCUGUCCGGCUACAAACAAACCCAGGCGUCCUGUGGCGGCACGGUCAUCCUGCAGACCAAGGCAAAUAAAUUUAUCUGUGCUGACUCAAAGGAGAAAUGGGUCCAGGAAGCCAUGGCGCAUCUAGACCGCCAGGCUGCUGCCCCGGCUCAAAGUGGUCACGGCGGCACGUUUGAGAAGCAGAUCGGCGGGGGAGAGGCCAGGACCACUCCGGUCGCCAGGGGAACGUGCCAGAACGCGGAGUCAGAGCCUGGAGCAGUGGUGCAGGGCUGUAGCCUGGAGCUGACGACUCCUUCCCAGGGGACACAGACGGCCUCAGGGACAUCCUCAGAGUUGCCAACUGGAACAUCUGGUUUCCCCCAGACCAGACCUACCUCAGCUUCCACGGCACAGGACAGAGGGUCUCCAGCUGCGUCCGAGGGAACCAAGCUUCCCACCACCAUAGCUUGGCAGAGUUCUGCUGCCUACCUAAGUGGGUCGGGGCUCGGGGUUGAGAGAAAGUCCUCCGAAGCCCCCUCCACUGAGGCCCCGUCCACCGAGGCCCCCUCCACCGAGGCCCCAUCCACCGAGGGCCCGUCCACCGAGGCCCCCUCCACCGAGGCCCCCUCCACCGAGGCCCCCUCCACCGAGGGCCCGUCCACCGAGGCCCCCUCCACCGAGGCCCUGUCCACCAUGCCGGAGACCUCCCUAGGGCCCGAGAAGGUGGCCUCCACUCUGGCUCACACGGAUGUUUUCCCGGCCUGGGGGCCCGGGAGCAUGGCCCCUGUCUCCUCUGAAGGGGCCCCCAGCAGGGAGCCCAGGACCUCUGUCAGCUGGACCCCCAGGUCCAAGGAUCCCAUCCACACCACCGUGGACCCCCAGAGGCUGAGCGUCCUCAUCACCCCCGUCCCCAAAUCCCGGGCAGCCACCCAGAGGCAGGCCGUGGGGCUGCUGGCCUUCCUCGGCUUCCUCUUCUGCUUGGGGGUCGUCAUGUUCGCCUACCAGAGCCUCCAGGGCUGCCCCCGCCGGGUGGCUGGGGACAUGAUAGAAGGACUUCGCUACGUGCCCCGGAGCUGUGGCAGCAACUCCUACGUCCUAGUGCCAGUGUGAGCCGCCCGCCUGCUGCACCCAGAGGCUCAACUCAGACUGCUGCCUGGGGUCCCCCAUCCUCCCACCCACCCUCACCCAAGAGCCUGGCCUGAGCUGGGAUGGGUGGAGCUGGGAGAUGGGCACACCCAGGAAGUCACCCUUGACCAUUCCUGACCUAUGGGGGCCGUGGAGGGAGACAGCCUCCAACACUCUCUCCAAUGUCCCCAAACCAGAAAACUCUCCUUUGCUGCUGGCUGGUUGGAGGCUCCUUUUGACACCGUCCCAGCCCCCAUGAACACUUAUUUAUUGAAUGCCCUGCCCCCUUGGACCCAGGCCUUCUUGUGGAAGCCACACUUGUCCCCUUUUACAAAUGAGCAUCAGGCCAGACCCCUUCUGCCCAUUCCCUGGGGCCUCACCAUGUCUCACAGACCCGCUGCAGUCACCAGUCACCCGGCCACCUGCGGUGCUAUCUCCCCAACCCCACCCCAUGCCCACCCCGACCCCUGUACAGAGCUCACUCCCCAGCCAGGGACAGGGAUGUGUCAUUUCUUGCAUGAGGUUGCUGUGAUUCCUGAGGCCUCUCAGGGUCAGACACCGUGGGAGGAGCGAUGAGAUGGUCUGGUGGGUUUGAAGUUUUUCCUCCCUGGUCUACGCUGUGCAAUGAAGGAACAUUGACUGUGAGCUGGGAGGCCGGGGUCUAGUCCCAAGGCUGCCACCAACCCAACAAGGCUUUUGUGUGACGGAGGCCAAGUCCUGUCCCUUUUCUGUGCCUCUGGUUUCCCAUCUGUGAAAGCAAAAAGCUGGAUUAGAUACGGGGUGGUUGGUCCAUAGGUGGCAAUAACCUGCACCCUGGCAGGCCUCCCUGAUUGCCAGGUCCCCUGUCCCCAGGCCCUGAUGCAGCCUCAGAGUCAUCAGCUUGGCGCCUUGGCCAGCAAACUGCCAACCCAUUAGCUCGGUGCAUCCUUGGACCCUGUCACUUGAAGGCCCUGCGUGGGAGUGAUGUGAUAGCCAGGCCCCGCCCUGUUGGAAGGGUUGCUGGACUGUGGAAUUUGGGGGACCAGAGCCCCCACUUUGGAAGGCCCCUCCCCGGCUUUGAGGACUCGUCGGGUCAGAGGGAUUGGCUGAGGGGACGGGGAGGGUCUGAUGAUAUCGACGAUGACAGGCGACGAUGCUGCUUUAGGACUUGAGUAGCGGCUGGGCUCAGUGUCCCCUCUGGUUCCACCCACCGCUUUGCACUCAAGGUCUUCUGCCCCCCCGUACCCCCACUGCAGGCCAGGCCAGGAGUUUCCAUGUGGCUUUCCAUGAGCUCAGAGUCCCCCGUGAAACCUGAGGUCCCCGUCUUCAUUUCUGAAAGGUACUGUGCUCCGUGGGGAGGGGAGUUGUGGCCUGAGGUCAGGGGUUCCCUUUUUGGCUGCUGAGGGCUCAGGCACGCCUGGAUGAGGCUGGAGCUGGCCCAGCCGGCCGCCACCCCUCAGGGGCCCUGGUGGCAGCCACUACCCCUCCCUCUGGUUGUCCCCAAUGGUGACCCUUGCCCUUCACCUGAGCUGCCUCCCAUAUGCUGGGCCUCACCCGCUGUGCAUGUGACACACAUCUCCGCAGAUGGGGUUCGAUGCUCAGAGGAAGGAAACAGGCUCUGGCCACGCUGCUCGGCCCACCUGGCUCCCCUGCAUGCCCUGCAGGGCACAGGGCAUUUGGGAAGUCAGGAGCUGGCCUGAGUGGGGUCACCCAGAGGGCUCAGAGACGGGGAGGGCAGGGCUAAAUGCACUUUGUUUGGGCUCCUCGAUGCUGGGAGAACCUUCGAGGGGUGGGGUAUCCCGCUAUGGGGCUCCCCUCUUCUGUGAGAAAGGGGGUGGGGGCACCUGGUCCCCCUUCCAUGGACUUCGGACUUUGGGAGUUCCUCCAAGCAGCACAUGGAUAAGGACUAUCUGGAGUGGACUUUGAAGGAAUUUGUUGACCCUUUUGUUUCCCAACCCCCAUCACAAAUGUCUAUGUUAUUUUGUAUUUUACUAAUAAAACUGAAAAGUCUUGUGAAUUAAA